CGUAAAACCGCGCACAGAUAUUGGCACCAGUGUCGCGAGACAUCGAAUAUGAACAUCUGCUUGCUAUCCACGAAUAACCAGUGAGGAAGGCAGCUUUAUGGCGGAGGGGGGCAGCGUGAAAUCCCCGCUGCUGGACGAGGCGGAGGCUGCCGAGGCGCCGUACCCAUGUGGCCGCUGCGGAGCGUUCCACGGCAAUGAGAGCGGCUACUGCUCGGCGUGCUCCGCCGGCUGGCUCAACUCUGCCGUCGCCGCGAAGACCGGGCGGCUGCAGCGGCGGUCUUAUCUCGCGCUGGUGACGCUCGUGAUGAGCUACUUCGAGACCAGCGACCGGCUCGUACUCUCGGUGUUCGUCGGCUCGACGGGGCUCAUCGUAUUCUUCUGGUUCCUCACCAAGAGCGUCGCCACCGCGGCGCCCGCCUGGAUCGCCGCGCUCGUGCUCUACGUCGUCGCGGUGCUCUACUUGAUCCCGACGAUCCGCGGCACCGUGGUCACGAUCGAGGACGUCGACAAGAUCAGCAAGCUCUUCGACACGGCCACUAAAGCGUGCCUCGAAGGCGUGGAAGACGCCGACGCGGGGCCGGAGCCCCAGGCACGCGAAGAUGAGCAGCUCGUGCAGUCGACGUCUGAGCUGCGGCGCCUGUAUGUCCUGGCGCGCGCGCGGCUCGCUAGCUUCGAGGUGGAAGUCGUCGAGCGCCUGGCGCGGGCGGGCCGAGCACCGACAGAGGCAUCGCGCGAGACCAAGACCUCGCAGCUCAAAAAGUUGUUUCGCGCGCGCGAGAAGGUCGCCGUGGAUUACGGCGGCAGGGGCGAGCGCCUGCGCGACGUGUUGCGGGCCUCGAUCGUGUGCGAGACGGUGGCCGAGUUACAGACGCUCGGAGAUGAGCUGAGGGCUCUCGAGGCGGCCGGCACCGUGAAAGUGCUCCAAAUCAAGAACCGGUUUCGGGGGCAUCCGACGCCGUCGGGGUAUCGCGACGUCAAUGUCAGCCUUCUCUACCAUGGAUUCAUCGCCGAGUUGCAGAUUCACCUCCGGGCGAUCCUGUCCAUCGCCGAACGGCAGCACGUCGCUUAUGAGUAUGCACGAGAGAUGGACUUGAUGGGCGUGCUCGAGCCGCCGGUCGAGAACACCACCUGCACGGCCUCAGUGCGCCGCCAGGGCGUCACCUACCUCGUCGCGAGGAUGGUGCCCGCGGCGCUGAGCGUCGUGAUCGGCUGGCUCUACGUCGACGCGUUCGUGCUCAAAGGCGCCAAUCUCAUCGUCAAGCGGGCGGACCUGUUACCGACGCGCGGGUUCGGUCCACCCUACGUCUUACUGCGGGUGUACGGCCUCAUUCUGGCCGCGCCGUAUUGGGCGAAUGCCUAUCUAUUGUGUCGCGCCGCCGGUUUCUUUGGCGAAAAGGCGCGGCAGCAGCGGCACGAGAAGACGCGCGUCGCGAUGCUCUACGAGCGCUACUUCGGCUACGACGGCACGCUGUUUGUCUGGAAGAUCUUCUGCUUCCAAAUCUUCGAGGUGUUCCUGCAGUCCUACGGAAAAAUACCGCUAUUCCUCAUCUGGUCGUCGCCCUUCGACUGCCUGCGGGCCACCUGUACAAAAAGCUUCGGGAAGGCCAUGAGCGAGGGCCGGAGCGCUUCCUUCCUGCACGCGUUCGUGAUAUUUUUCUUCGCGGCGCUGUUGGUAAACGUCCUCUACCCAACCUUCCUUCUGCGGUCGCGGCACGUAUUCUAUCAGCGGAACUUCUCAUUUAUUGCUGACACGGUGCUCGACGUCAUCUACGCCCUCGUGCCAUUCGUAUUUCUCGCGCUGGGCGUCCGGAGCCAGCCCAUGAUCAUACCUCACGACCCAAUUGAGUACACUAGCAACCUAUUUCCCAUGCUCCACGCUCAUUUUGUCAUAUCGGUGCUAGAGAGCGCGGCGGAAGAACGGCGGGCGCUGCGAAAAGUAGCCGUCGCGACGGCGUCGGGUGCGUCAGACAAAGUACCAAACGAUGAGGAAGGCGCGGCCGCGGCACCGGGCGCGGCCGGCGACGGGGCCGUAUCAGCCCGCAAAUACGCGCCGCAGCUGUAUGUGGCGCUCGUCGUCACGUGCGUCGCCUCGUGGUGCGUGGCAAUCUGUGCGAUUGGCCUCGAGCUGCAGAUCACUGCUACCGCGUUCUUCUUUGUGAUGAGUCUAACGUUGCCGCUGGCGGCGCGCGCCGCCGGGCGGCCGUCGUUCUCGACGUGGAUGCCGGCCCUCGGCCUCGGUCCGGUUUACAUAGCGAUAUUCUGGGCCGGCGCCAGCCCCGUGUUCUUGAGUUUCGCUCUCGUCGCUCACGGAGCCCUAGUCCUAUUUUCUGCGCCGGAAACGGAUACGGGGCCGCAGACGCGCGCGGCUGUGGCGGCCGAACACGGCCGCCUCCCGCGCUGGGGCGCUGCCGCGUACUUUGUUAUUACGGCCGGAUGCGUCGUCGGCUCGACCAUGCUCUACCUUUCCGGUAACGCUGUGUUCUCGACGUGCCAGCCGUGUGAAUGCGACGCUGAUGGCGUCCUCCAUAAUUGCGACGUGUUCGCCGAAGCGGAGUCGUUGACCUUGGUGGACGGACUAAACGUGAAUGCGUUCGUCGAAGAACUCUACCUUAGUAACAAGGGCAUCACCGAGAUCCGCCCGGGAGCCUUCAAAGGGCUCCCGAACCUCGAAAAACUUUACUUGAAGAACAAUAAGAUCGACGAACUCGAGCCCCGGACCUUUGAGGGCCUCGACUCGAUCCGUUUCAUCGAGCUCCAGCGAAAUGCGAUUAGAUCGAAACCAAAAGUGAAGUGCGGCGCGUUCGACGGUGCCCGCCGCGACGGUGCUGGUAUCCACGUGAGAGUUGACCGAGACGAACUCUUCUGCAGCGAAUAUCGACACAUUCCUCACAUCACGCCGUGUUCGUGCUAUGGGAUCCCGGACCAAUGCACGACUGUCACUGACGAACAGCUGGAUUCGUACUAUGUCCCGGAGGGGAUCGAACUCUCCUGGAACGAUGCGAAGAAGUACUGCGAGAGCCCGUGGGUGAGGGCGUCCGGCAGCGCGCACCUAGUGACCAUUAGAUCCGAGGCGGACCUGGACGCGAUGAACGAACUCAUGGGAUGUCGAGACUUCUGGAUCGGCUACGACAGGCAGGGAGGCGACGGGUCCUGGAAGUGGACCUCCGGCGACGCGACGACGUUCAGUGAAUGGUACAAGCGCCCGGGCGCCUCCCAGGGCUUCGAUUGCGCCUAUCAGUCCACACUUGGACAAUGGCACGCCACAUUCUGCGAUAUGGAGGUCCGGCAUCCCUUCGUCUGCGAGCUGGCCGAGGGCUCCGCCUGGACGUGGCCGACGCCACAACCGACGACGGUGGCGCCCUCCGUUUCACCAAAGCCGACCAUGGACCUGGACCUGCCUCUGGCUCUGGCAAUCGAUGGCACGAAAGACACUUUCUACUACGAUGCGCCGCUCUGGACAAACGACGAGCUUUUGGACGAGGGCGGAGAGUCGAAGACGGACGCAUUCUUCACGCCUUCGACCACGUUUACGGUCCUGAUGCGGACGGGGUCCGAGGAGAGGACGCUUAUCAUCGAGCUCAGUCACCCGAAGAGCCUGAAAGAAUUAUUUGCCGGUGGCUACACGAAAACGUCGGCCAGUUUAGAAGAAUGGCGCGGCCUCGUGCCGAACGCGGGGUACCAAGAAAACUGCAACCGCCAGGGCUUUAACGUGGCCGCGGACGGCUGUUAUGUUGAAGUUUCGGACUAUAGCUGCAGACUUCGCCUCGGGAUCUGGUUUAAUGAACUCGAGAACUGCAUGUCAUCAGAUAGCUUCUUAGGCCUCGGCGCCACCAAAUGGUCGUCGGGGGCAGUCUGCAACGCCAAACAUCAGUUGGAAGGAGCGUUAGGCCAUUGCCGCGACGAGCCUUCGUUUACGCGCAUCUACGUAGGCGGUGUCACAGCCCCGCCGACGUUCUCGCCAGAGCCUUCUCGAGCCCCGACCACCGCCGUUCCGACGUCGUCGCUGGCCCCGACGUCGUCACUUCCUGUCCAGACUAUCGCGUGCGGAGAGACUCGAACUGGUUCCACGGUUCACGAGGCGCACUGGCUCUCAGGCAACGACGCGCCCGAUCACUUCUAUUUGAUCACGCCUUCUGAGACCGCGUACUAUCACUUCUCGACCUGCGGAUCGAGUUUCGAUACGAUGUUAUACCUAUAUCAGGUACAGGAUUCCAGUACCCUUGACACCUGCCUGCGGGCGCCAGCACCGGGCGCGGGUCACGCGAACGUGCUCGGAACGUGGAACGAUAAAGGAUGGGAGACCUGCGUGUUUAAAUCUCCAAGUUCGUCCAGGGAAUUCGAGAAUGUCUGGACCAGAGGGCCACUAGAUGCCGGCGAGACGUAUGUGCUGCAGGUCACCGGACAUGCGGACCAGGAGUGCUGGGAGGACAACGAGCGUGGCGCGUCUGCUGCCGGCGAUUACGUCCUGUCGGUGGAGUGCGCCGAUGAACCCGUCGACGAGUGGUGCGCCGAUUUCGAUUGGUGUGAGGAUAAAGAAUUAGGGGAGGAGGGAACUGGAUUUUGCAACGAGUGGGGCAACGACCUGGACGGCUACUGCGAGACCGACGAGGACUGUGAGGCAAAAUCGAGCUGCUACGCGGACUGCGCGGCUACACCGGGCUGCGACCAGCCUUUCCUUAUGUGUGAAGAGGGCGUCUGCGACUCAUACAUUUUAGACGAACGGUGCGACGGUCAAGAUGACGACUUUCACCUAGGUGAUGGCUAUUCGUGUUGGUCGGAUGAUGAGGGCACCGGUUGGCGCAAGGCCCAUUGCUCCAUGUUUGCGCGGAUGGAUCCUCCAGAUUACUCCUCCCUGGACCUAUCCUUCCGGGCAAGAGAUUGCUAUGAUUACACGGAGGGCCCGCACGUGGAGUACCUGACAGAAAUGUUCCUGCCCGCUAGCACGCCCCAAGACUGCCUCAACCAGUGCGCGGGGAUGACCUGGUCGAAGGCCGCCAUAAUUUCGGGCGACGGCAGUCUUUGCGAAUGCGUCGGCGGAGAAAUCCAAAAGUGCUACCUCCGACCAGUCGGUACGCCGCAUACGAUCGACGCGCUCACUGGGAGCAAAACCGUGUGUUACACGAGAGACGUCGACCUCGGCGGCGUCGAGUAUCAAGGCACGUGCACCAGCGACAAUCCAUGUGAAGGCCGAUGUCAGAGCGGCUUCUAUACGAUGGAGUGCCUCGACAACGGACAUAUGUGGCACGGAGAGAGGUGCGACUCCUGUGAUAACUCAGGCUGUGAUCCGUACGACUUAACGGUGGCUAUGGGCGGCUUUCCUAGGUGUAACCCGGCAACGGGCUCGUGGGGUUGGGACAAUGACCUCGAUGGUACCAUCGAUGAAUGCGAGGGGGUUUGGACAUGCGGGUAUCAUGAAACGUGUCAGGGCGUAACCGAUGGAAGCUGCGAGCUGUCGGGCGACAUCACCUCCUCACUGAGCGGCACGACGAACCACGGAGACGCAGGCUGGUGUUACAGCGACCUGGAUCAGGAUAUGGGCUGCGCGGCGUCGCCGGUCGACUGCUGGAAUAUAUGCAUAGACGAGUUCGGCGACGCUCUCGUGGCAAUUGACUGGUGGGAGGACGACGGCUGGUGCUUCUGCCAGGACGAUUGCCAGUGCGUGUCAGACGCAGGUUGGGGCGGCUACAUCAUCGCGCGCGACUCGGCCGUCGCCGCGCUGCCGGACGCCUGCUCGGAUGACGACGACGGAUACUACUACGGAGAUGAUGAUGCUCCAGGUGGCUGCUAG